GACACUAUAAGUUUUUCUCUACUAUUAGACGCACUACAUCAAUAUUCAUAACCUAACAUGGCACAGAGGAUAGAAGUUAAACAAACAAAUUGUGUGUAUACUAUCGCUGCACAUGUACAGACAAUCAUCAUUACAUCAAUAACAAUUCUUCUAUCAACGCAUGCACAGUCACCAUUUUUACACACCGAUGUAUUUCCAUUGACAAAUGAAGAUUACAUGAGAAGAUGUGCACCAGUUGUAAUAUGUAAUCCAAACUCGAAAUAUAGAACUUUCAACGGAUCAUGCAAUAACUUAAGAGUGCCUACUUGGGGCGCAUCUAAUACUCCGUUUCUGAGACUCCUAAAUGCUGAGUAUAGUGAUGGUAUUUAUAAAUUUCGACAACAAUCAAAUGGAUCGCAGUUGCCUGGAGCAAGAGAAAUUAAUACACAAUUGUUUUUGAAUAAUCAGCGGUUAGAUGAUGAUGAACUAAAUGUACUCUUAAUGCAAUGGGGACAAUUUAUAGCUCAUGAUAUCACUCUUUUAAGACCAGAUACAUCUGUUGCAAAUUGUUGUGCAGUUCAAAAUUUAUCUAAAAUACCAACUCAAUGUCAAAAUGUAAUUGAUAUACCCAUAAAUGAUCCCGUUUAUUUAAAUAAAAAUAAAACAUGCAUGUCAUUUAACCGUGCAGUAACAUCGGCUAAUUUCAGUUGUCCAUUGAUGCCAGCUACAUUUAUGGCCGAAGUCUCUCAAUAUAUUGAUGGAUCUCAAAUUUAUGGAUCUACUGAUACUAUAGCAGCGGGACUGAGAUCCUUUAUGAAUGGAAAACUCCGAUCAGAUAUUGUCAAGGACAACCAAAAUACUAGAGUAGAAGAAUUUUGUCCACAAGUGAAUCGAACAACGUCAAAAUGUGACUCAUCAACAAAUUCUAGAGUUUGCUUCCUCGCUGGAGAUAUUCGCAUAAAUCAAAAUUUGGGAAACGCACUUCUUCAUAAUUUAUUCUUGAGAUUUCAUAACAAUUUAGCAUCCAAGCUGUUUUACAUAAACCAAUUUUGGACGGAUGAAAUACUCUAUCAAGAAACUAGAAAGAUUAUUGGAGCAGUUAUUCAACACAUUACUUACGAUCAUUAUUUACCUAUUAUAUUAGGAGAAACGUAUACAGAGUAUUAUGGUUUAUUUACUCCUCAAACAAUGUACAGUGAUAGAAUAAAUCCAUCAACAUCGUUAGAAUUUGCAGUUAGUUCAUUUCGAAUACUUCAUAACCAAAUUCCAGCUCAAUUAAACUUCAUCGAUAAUAAAAUGUAUAAAGCUGCAUUUCGAGUUAAUUUAACAGAUUGGAUGGAUAGACCUGAUUUGUUACCUAUGGGGAAAAAUGUUGACUGGUUAAUAAGAGGACUUGUUGAAACUACAGGUCGUGAAUAUCAAGCAUCAUAUAAUCAAUUGAUUUCAAAUUUCCUUUUUCGCUCUAAUUUGCCCGAUAUUACUGGACAAGAUUUACUAUCUAUUGAUAUACAGCGAGGCCGUGAUGUCGGUUUACCAGUAUAUAAUCAAGUCAGAUCAAUUUGUGGAAUAUCAAGGGCCAAUUCAUUUGAUGAUUUAUUGGAUUUAAUACCUUUUAAAGCAAUACAAAUAUUAAAAACACUUUAUGCAACAGUACACGACGUAGAUUUACAUGUCGGGGCAUUACUUGAGAUGCCAGAAGAAGGAUCCAUGGUUGGACCUACUACUAGAUGUAUAUUAUCUGAUAGCUUUUUUAGAUAUAAGUAUGGUGAUCGAUAUUUUUACGAUGUACUAGGACAACCUGGUAGUUUUUCACAAGAACAACUAAAAACUAUAAAGCAAAUUAACUUAGGCCAUGUCAUAUGCGAUACAACUAAUUUAUUUACUCUACCUUUAGAUGUUUUUAAAAGUCUACACGAUUUUUCUUCGAUUAAAUGGAAUUGCGAUAAACACUUCAAAAUAGAUCUAGAAGCAUGGAGAGAGUUCAAGUGAUAUAGUGAACAUUAUUAUGACAUAAUGAAUACUAUAAGCUAAAACCAAUAUCUAAUACAAUGAUUGAACGAUGUCCUAAAAAAACUUACAGUCACCAUUGGUAUCCAACAUCCAAUAUCCAAUAGACAUAUUUUAAUAAUAUUUUUUAAAAAUUAGUUGUAACUUGUAAAUAAGUAUAAUUAAUGUACAUAUUCGU